AUGUCGCUCGUGCAACAUGUUUCUUCCCUUGAAGGCGUCGACCAUGACCCAGACGCCGGCAUUGAUGAGGACUUCACGCCUAUUGCACGCAAGAUCAGCUACGAUGUGCUGCAAGCGCCCAGUCAUACUGUCCCGGUCGAUGAACAACUACCAGCAACAGCCGCCUACGAAGUUCCUGUUGUGAAGAGACUAGCGCAGGUCGCUUUUACAAUACUGGCAUGCUGGGUCGCGUCCGGCAUAGUGUUUGGGUUUGCGGCACUGAAGCCCAUCCUAGUAGAGGAGGAAGUCUAUCACAAUCAGUGUACCGAGGACGAAUUGCAAGCCGGGGUCGAACUAUGUGUCCAGCAGGAUUUGAGUCUCAACCUCUUUUUCACCAUUGCGUCCAUCACAGCGAAUGUCUCUGCACUUCCCGUUGGGACCAUCCUCGACCAUUAUGGAUCACGCAUUUGUGGCCUUAUUGGUUGUGUGCUUCUUGCACUCGGCAGCCUGUUCAUGUCGCUUUCAUUCCUGCUGCGCCGGUUCCACGGGCUCAUCGCAGGCAACUUCUUCCUAGCUUUUGGCGGAACCUUCAUCUUCGUUCCGUCUUUCCAAAUUGCGAACGCAUUUCCCAGACAUGCUGGCACCAUAGUCGCACUUGUAACAGGAGCAUUUGAUGCUUCUGCCGCUGUCUUCCUGCUCUAUCGAUUCGCCUAUGAGGCUUCGGGCCAUACAUUCACCCCAGAUAAAUUUUUUCUGAGUUACCUGGCCGUUCCGGUGCUGAUAACCCUCGCGCUUCUCUCAUUUAUGCCAAAAAGGGACUAUUAUUCAACACUCGGGUUAGAAACUGAGAUUGAGCGGGCCGAAGAUGCCACCCGCGAUGUGCACGAAUCCGACGAUGAAAUCGAGAGUGAAAGCCAGCUACAGCGCGUACGCGGUAAACGCGCCGAGAGCAGGCAGAAGACAUUCUACGAUAUCAACGAAGCCCUGGGUGGCUCAGAGGAGAGACAACAGCGAGCCAAGCGCGAGGAAAACCGCCACCAAGUCAGUCAGGUCUGGGGCGUAUUGCAUGGGAUGCCAGCUCACAGGCAGAUGGCGACCCCAUGGUUCAUUCUAAUUACUCUCAUGACUAUCAUCCAAAUGCUUCGAAUGAAUUAUUUCAUCGCAACUGUUCAAGCUCAGUACGAGUACAUGCUUGGUUCAGUCGAGGAUGGCGAACGAAUUAACAACUUCUUCGAUAUUGCACUACCCGUCGCCGGUGUUUUAUUUACCCCUUUUAUUGGGGGUUUGUUGGAUCGCCUCAGUGUGCCCGCGAUGCUUAGUCUCAUAGUGGUUUUCACCACGAUCAUUGGCGUCCUGAAUUCCAUCCCGGCUAUCUGGGCAGGAUACAUGACCGUCCUACUCUUUGUCCUGCUGCGGCCUCUCUAUUAUUCAGCCAUGUCGUGCGUUCUUACCCUACUAUUCGCUUUGCUGAGAUUCACUAACUGGCAAUUUAGCGACUAUGCGACGAAGGUUUUUGGCUUCGCAACCUUUGGUCGGGUCUAUGGAACGAUCAUUUGCGUCUCUGGACUCGUCAAUUUCUCUCAAUACGGGUUGGAUACACUUACCCAUGGACCAUUUGGAGGAAAUCCAAUCCCGAUCAACUCAGCCUUGGCGAUUGCUGGAUUCCUUAUCGGUGUUGUGCUUGUAGGGUUUGUCACUGUGGCAGGUAGGCGGCUUAGAGCUGAUGUGGUCAACGAUGACGAGAGAGAGCCGCUGUUGCUGGAAAGAGAUGAGGAUGAGGAUGAAUAG